AUGCGCCUCUCGGCGAUCGGGCUACGGGGCCUGGCCAUCGCGCAGGCGACGGCGUUCACGGCCCUCAACAUCACGGCGCUAUCGAGCCGCGACGGCUACUCGGUCAUCGAAUGCUGGCAGCUCACCUCCGUCCCGGACGAGUCGCGCGCGGCCCUCAACUACGUCGUCGGGGGCGACCUGACGCGCGCCGAGUGGUCCAUCAUCCAGCCCAGGACGACGGUGGGGGAAGCCUGGGCGCCGGCCGUGCAACUUAGCGUCAUCGUGAACGGCCUCAUCCGCAUCACGUCGCCGGCGGCCAGGAACUCGUCACAGGCCACGCCGUCGCCGGACGCGUCAAGCCCGCCGGGCCAGACCGUGGCGUACAUCCAGCCCGGGACGGUGUCGUCGUCGGUCGUCAUCGCGGCCGACCUGAAGAACGUGAGCGUGCACGCCGGGCACUUCACCGAGUUCCCCGGCGACGAGCCGACGGUGCUGGUGCAGGUGCCGUUCGGAGGGAACGCGGCUCCAGAGCACACCGUCGUGGGCGAGGGGCCGUGUGAGAGGGCAACAUGGGAAUUCUGA